AUGACUCGCUCACUUAGAACAUUACAAUCCAUUUCUUCCGCCGCACCGCCGCCGGACUCCACCGCUUCAUUAGAAUCCGACUUCGUCGUCAUCCUCGCCGCCCUCCUCUGCGCUCUCAUAUCCGUCGUCGGCCUCACCGCCAUCGCACGAUGUGCUUGGCUCCGCCGCGGCCCUGUCACCGGAGCCUCCCCGGCAACAGCCGUCGCAAACAAAGGUCUCAAAAAGAAAGUUCUCAAUUCACUUCCGAAAUUCACCUACCUCGAUGACACUCCCGUAAAAUGGAUAGUCUCAUCGGAGUGCGCCAUUUGUCUCUCGGAGUUCACCGCCGGCGAAGAGGUUAAAGUACUUCCCCAGUGCGGUCACGGCUUCCACGUGGCAUGUGUAGACACGUGGCUUGGCUCUCACUCGUCGUGUCCUUCUUGCCGAGCUCCUUUCGCCGUCGCUAGAUGUCAGAAAUGCGGCCUCUACCAACCUACGCCCGCCGGAGAAGCUCCCGGAGAAACAGAGCCGAAAACCACCGGCGACGAGAAUGCAGAAGCUGUUGUCAAUGUUAACUGUAUUAGCGAGGGUGCUGAUAGACAUAGCCACGGUGUUUAUAACGGCUUCUUGCCUUAA